UUCCUCGUAAGAAAUUAAUUGCGGAAUGGAUCCAAAUUCGAAGAAGUCGAACAAAAUCAGAGACAUCGUAAGGCUUCACCAGAUCCUGAAGAAAUGGCGGAAGUUAGCGGACUCAUCGAAAACGGCGAACAAAGCCUCCGGCACGGCGGCGGGAUCGGGAGGCAAGAGCAUAAAGUUUCUGAAACGAACGCUUUCCUCUGGCGGUGAAAUCUCCGGCGGCGCCGUGCCGAAAGGCUAUUUGGCGGUGAGUGUAGGAGAGGAGCAAAAGCGAUUUGUUAUACCGACGCAGUAUUUAGGGCAUCCGGCGUUCGAGAUUCUGUUGAGAGAGGCGGAGGAGGAGUUCGGGUUUCAACAAACGGGGGUUUUGAGGCUUCCGUGUGAAGUAACGGUGUUUGAAAAUGUGGUGAAAUUGGUGGAGGAGAAGAAGAACGGGGAUUUGUUAGGCGGAGAGGAGGUGUUGAGUUUCUGUUCCUUGGAAACGCUGCACAUUACGACGUCGCAUCGUCCGCAGAGUCCAAUGUGCAGAUAAAUAGAGUUGUAGGACAAAAAGGGAAAAAUUAGAAAUCUUUUUCUUUUUCUCUCCUUUGAUUCCUCCUUUAUUGGUUUUUUUUUGGAUG